GAGAGAGAGACGCGAAAGUUGGUCUCGCUUUUCCUGCUUUUGCCCCUGCUCUCGCUGCCAUGAACUCGUCGUAAAAGGUGAUCCGCGAGGCUUCUCUCCAGCGCCAUGGCAGCCGUCGAGGAGGAGCAACUCGACCCCAGGGUGCAGAUUGAGCUGGAAAAAUUGAACACUGCAACAGAUGACAUCAAUAAAUUAGAAGCAAAAUUAGAGGAGGCCAAUAAUGUGUUCAGAACCACACUGACGGAAUCAACCGCUCGUCUGAAAGCCCUAGCCAAGAAACUGGGUAGUUGCAUUGAGAAAGCAAGGCCGUACUAUGAGGCACUAGAGCUGGCAAGGUCAUCCCAGCUUGACUGUCAGCGGGCAGCAGUGCAAUACCAAAGGGCCAAUGCUCUACACCAGGCUGCCAAAGAAACCAUUGCCCUGGCUGAAGAGAGGUUUGUAAACAGUAGACACGAACACUGGCAGUUUGAUUCAGCAUGGCAAGAAAUGCUCAAUCAUGCUACAAUAAAGGUAAUGGAAGCAGAAGCUCAGAAAGCAGCAAGUGAAAGAGAGCACAUGCGGCGUGCUGCAGCCUUCACACAAGCAGAGCAGCGUGUGCAGCAACUUCAACGUGGCCUGAAGUCAUCCAUCAACAAAUCUCUCAUCUAUUUUGAAGAAAAAGCUAAUGUGCAGUCACAGUUACAAGCACAGAAGGAGAGGGUCCAGCAACUCCAGAGGGCAAUAACAGCUUCAAAAACCUCCUACGCUCAGUCUUUAAGAAGCCUAGAACAAAUCUCAGAGGAAAUUCAUGAGCAGAGAAGAUGCAGACUCCCUAGAGAGCCAGGUGUUGGUGCCGAGAUCACACCUCCAGAACCAGAUGACAAUCAGACCUUUGACCAUAGUGCCAAAACAUUUACACCACUUGAAGAAAUCACUGCACAGGAGGAAAAGUACUGGGAAAGCUUGCGAGAAAAGUUGGAAAAACUUAAAGUUGACAAUGGUGAGCAAACUGCAUCAGCCGAGGAUGAAGCAUCUGACUCUGAGUGCCUCGAUGGACGAGAAAGAACAGUAACAGGAAGUAGUUGCACCUCAAACCCUGAAUUAGAUAGAGGUCUUCCUAUGGAAAGAGUUGUGAGCGGGGAGAGCAGUUCAGCGUCAGAGAGUGAUGAAGCUCAGAGUCCUACUGAAGGGAAGGAUUUGUGCCUUGAAGAGAUACUAAUUCUAGACACAACAAUAGACCCUGAACUUACGGCUGACAGUGACGAGGAAUGCGUUGGCAGCCAGGCAGAUGCAGAAGUUAAAUGUGAAGAAGAACCGAUGACAUCUCGAAAAUCUCCUGUCGGUGGUGAUGCUAUUAUGGUAAUAUCUCUUGAUGACGAUUCUGAUGAUGAUGCAAAUGAAUCUCCAAGAGAGGAAAGGACUAUAGGUAUGGGUCUAGCUGGUGAUGGCUACUCUAAUGACAAGGGAAGUGAUAGGACUGACAGUGAUAACCAAAAUGGUAAUGAAUUAGUACAAGAAGGCUUUAAGAAAAAUACAAAUACCACAUCUUUGCUCAGUGGUAGCAUUAAUGGUAAUGUAGCAAGUGAUAAGAAUGGUAAAGAUGACUUUGAAGAUACUGAGGUUGAAGAGAUAAUUCUUGAGUUGGAUGAUGAAUCAGAAGAAGAAAAUACCAGAGAGUGUAAUUCAUCUAGCCCACCACCCACGAUGUGCCAACCAAUAAGGGGUCUAACUAUUAUACCCGAAGGAAUCGAAAGUCAUGAAUGAGUGAUGCUGCAAUAACAUAUUUAAAAUUACACACACAUAAUAUAUAUUUUUUCAUAAUGAGAGUGAUGUGUUCAAAUUUAUAUAAUGAUAUAUAUAUAUAUAUACUUUAUAUAUAUAAAUAGUCUGACGAAUAAGGGGUCUUUGAUAAGAUGAUGCCAAUAAUGUUUUUAGUAUAUAAUUGUUGAGUGCAACUGUGAUCAGACAGUGUUAAGUAAAUUAAUGCCAUCAGCAGUUUAUAGUUGUUUAUCUUUAUAAGAUGAAUUUGAAUUUGAAUGUAACUACCUUUGCAUAUAAUUAUUGAAUUCAAUUAUUUAGUUUCAAUAAUGGAUUUUAGAGUUCUCAAGGUUGAGUGUUCAUACAAAUGUUACACUUCUUUCAAAAGUCAAGCCAUGUAGUCCAUGUCAUGCGAAAAGGACUUGG